AUGACAAUAGAAUUUAUAAUAAACAUUGAAUUUCAAGAAAAGUGUCAGUUUCACAAACCUCUCCAAAUUCUAACCUAAUUAAGGAAAUAAAUAUUUUCUCUUUAAAAAAUUAAUUUGAAUCUUUUCUCUAUUUAUGAAAAUAUUUAUUAUACAACAGAAAUUACUGAAAUAAUUAAUUUUGAUUCAAUAAUAAUCUAAAAUGUGAGCCUAAGUUUGUAAGAAGAUGGUUUCAUAUUGAGAAAUAAUAACAAUAAAGUUGAAAUAAAAUUAAAAAAUAUAAUUUUAACUAAAAGCAAUAUUAUUGAGAAGACAGUGUUUCAAUCUUAAGUAUUUGGAAAUAUUCAGAUUGAUAAUUUUAAUAUAGAAGAUUCUAUAAUUUAGAACUCUUUCUUUUUCGAUUAUUAGAACUCAUAAAGUAAAAUAUUUUUAAAAAUAAAAAAAUUAUCAUUUAGGAAUUGCUAAAUAAGAAACUCAGCAUUAUUUUAAAUAAAUGACAAUUAAAUAUAGAUAGAUAUUUAAGAUAUUAUUAUUGAAAAUUGUUUGAUUGUAAACUCAUCAUUUUUUUCUUUCUAAACAAAUUAAAUCAAUCUUAAUAAGGUCAUAUUGUAAGGUGUUGAAAUACUAGGAUGUAACUUUUCUUAUUCAUAUUUUAUCAAGAUUUAUAAUGGAUUUUCAAUAAUCGCAAGUAAUCUAUACUUUCAUGAUAAUUAGCUAUAGAACUCAAUAUUAAUAGCAUUUAAUGAUAAUUUAGAAUUAUUUUAAGUAAAAACAAAUAAGAACAUUCUUAUCAAAUCUUCAAUUAUCUCUACAUUGCAAAUAGUAAAUUAAUAAAAAGUUUUAUGUAUUAUUGAUGAUUUUGAAGAUAGUUAAACUAAUUUUCAAGAAUCAAGCAUGAUAAUUAUUCAUUCUAAUCUUCAAAUUAAUAAUUAUAUAGUAAAUUUAAAAAACAUAAAAGUUUAAGGAAAUCAAAUGGUUGAUACAAAAGAUUAAUAAAUAUUUUUAUUUAAAUUUCAUUGUCAUCAUUUAUUUAUAGAAAAUACUUCAUUCUAAGAUUUGAAUAAUUUAGUUAUUUUUUAUCUUUUUGAGAUUAAAUAGAUAGUUAUAGAAAAUGUAAGAUAUGUAAAUUCAAAGUAACAUUAUAAAGUCCCUUUAUCUUAAGAAUGUACUUAAUCUCUAUACAUCAAGAAUUAACUCUUAAAAUUAGCUGGUUUCUAAUUUUUGUAAUUGGAAAAUAUUUAAAUUGUAAAUUUAUUUUCUAAUAACUAUUCACUAAUGGAUAUAAUAUUUAGUAACUAUUUUAUUAUAGACUAAAUUGGAUAAGUGUAUUUUAAAAAUAUCUAAUUUACAGAAAAUAUUUUAUUAAAGAAUUAAUAAGCAGUGUCAUUGUCCUUGCUUAGUCUAUAUUCAUAACAUAAUUUAAAUAUUAAAUUAAGUGAAAUUGUAUUUAUUUAAAAUAUAAUUCAUUAAUAAAUUGACGAUUCUACAGAGGAAUAAACUAGUUUAUUAUAUAUAAAUUCAUUAAACAGCAUUAUUUAAAUUGAUAAUUCAUAUUGCUCUCAUAAUGCUCUAACAAAUUCAACUAAUUCAUAUCUUAGUCUUAGUGCUAAUUUAAUUGAGAUUAAAAAUUUUAAUAUUUUUAAUUAAAAUAUAUUAUCAUAAAAUUAAUGGUAACAAUUUUAUGAAUUUUUACUAGAUGAUGAAUUUAACCAGGAAGAAAUAAAUACCAUAAUUCAGUCAACCUUUAAAAUUUUAAAUCAAGGAAUAUUGAUUAUAGCAUCUAAUUUCAGUUGCAUAAACUGUCAAUUUUAAGAUAUUCUUACUGAUAAAAGUUCAAUUUUUGAGAUUAGAACAAAAGGAUAAGGAUUAAUUAUGCUCAAUAAUCUUUAGAUUAAUUCCAUAAUGACUAAUUUAAGAAAGAGUGAAAGUUCGGGUUGUAUAACUAUAGUUUCUACAAAUAGUUUUUUAAAUCUUUAAUUAGAAAGAAUAGCAUUUAAAAACAUUUUCAAUAGAAUGAAUCCUUCAUUAUUUACUAUUACACCAUCUUCACAUUCAAAUGUUAUUAAAUUAAAUCAUAUUCUAAUUGAAAAUUGCCUUUCCUUAGUGAAUACGAUACUUUUCCUUAAAGUUCAAAAUGAAGCGAUGUAAUCAAGUUUGGUAAGUAUUAAUGAUUUAACAAUUUUUUCAAGUGAAUAAUAGUGGAUAAAACUAUUUUCUAAAAUUGGUGUGAUAUCAUAGUCUGAAAUGAAUAUUAUAAAGAGUGAAAAUAAUGGACUAAUCUUAAUUGAAAAUUGCAAAGUUGAAAUUAAUAAUCUUAAAUUUGAAGGAAUUUCGAUUUCACCAUUAUUAACUAUUUUAAAUACAAAUUACAUAAAAAUUUCUGAUUGUAAGAUAACUAAUAUAUAAUAAUUAUAUUCAUUUGAUCUAAUACAUUUAACUUAAGCAACAAUUUCAUAAUCAAUUAUUUUGAUCUAAUAACUAAAAAUAAUUUAGAGUUCAAUAUAUGAUAUGAAAUAAGACAAAAUACCUAUUUUUUAAGAUUAUAAUUAUUAAAUAAUUGGAUGUGAUAUGUGGAAAAACUCUUCUAUUUAGGAAUAAAUCGUAUUUUCUGAGAUAAAAUCUUAAUUUUAAUCUUCUGAUUUUCAAUUUAAUUAGAUAAUUUAUGUUAAUAGCAAAUCAGAAUUAAGCUCUAUUAUCUUUUAUUAAAUAGACUUAAUUGAUAAUAAUGAGUCAUAAUAUUCUAAAGGAAUAAUCACUUUUGUUGUUGAAAAAUUCAAGAAAAUCUAUUUACAUAAUAUAAUUUGUUAUUAAAAUAGUGUCAAAUAAAAUGGUUGUAUUAAUUUGUUGAAUUCUAAUUUUAUCAAUUCAACAAUUAGAAUCAGUGAUUCUUACUUCAUAAAGAAUACUGGUAGUCUUGGAGCAGCAAUUUAAAUUGCUAAUGUUAGACUAAAUAUGAAAAAUUGCAAAAUAAUUUAAAAUUAAGCUAGUGAAUUUGGAGGAGGAAUGCACUUAUAAUUAAAGGAUAACUACUUUUAAAUUAAAUCAACCAUUAUUACUAAUAACACAGCUUAAGAUGGAGGGGGAAUCUAUUUCAAAGAUGCUGGAAAAUUGACUCUUACGAAUUUUAUUUAAUCUUUUUUACUUUUCAAUAAGGCAUUUUAGUUUGGGGAUAACCUUAUUGAAUCUCCUCAUCAUUUGGUAUUAGUAAUAAAUAAUAAGGAAAUGAAAUCAAGAUAGUAAGUUAUCAAUAAGAUUAUGAUUGAAUAUUUAAUUCUUAAAUAGUAUAAAAUUAUAGAAUAAGGAACCCCUCUAAUUAAAAAUUUUUUGAUGAUCCCAAGUAAUUAAGUUAUUCUUACAUAUAAAAUCUAUUAGCCUUAAAGCUUGUAAUAUUUUUCAUAUAUAUCAAAUUUUGGACUAAUUUUAAAAAAUAGUCUAAAUGAAAAACUUAAGAAUUAUUUAAAUUCUACUUGCACUCUGAUUACUAAAGUAAUUGAUGGAGAGAACUUAAAUUAGGAAGGAAAAUUGAAUGAAUAAAAAAAUUUGCAAUAUGACAUUAAAGAAGAUUACUACGAUUUAGGCUCUUACUCUUUCACGUUUGAUCCUUACAAUUAAGAAGAAAAAAGGUUAUAAAUUUAAAUCAAUUGUUUCUCAGAUUAGGUAUAAAAAAUCUUUGGAUAUGUUAUGUUAGCAAAAAGUUUAAAAUGCUAGCUUGGAGAAUUUUAUGUGAAUUCUGGUUGUUAGAUUUGUUAAUCAAGUUAAGGGUUUUACUCAGUUGUAUAUGAUGCACCAAAGUGCUCUAUUUUUGAUAAAACCAAAUUUAAGAACAUAACAGAAAAUAAUAUAGAAUUAUUGGAAGGUUUUUGGAGACCUGAUUAUUUGUCUGAUUAAAUAGAGUAAUGCUUUAAAAAUUUGAGAUUCUGUAAAGGUGGAUGGGGAUAUGGUAAUUUAAUAUGCUCUUAAGGACGAAUUGGAGCUUUAUGUGAAGAAUGUGAUAUCUAUAAUAUAAGAGGAGAUGGGAAAUAUUUUAAAAAUUAAUAGGACUCAUAAUGUAUAUCUUGUUUUGGUGUUUCGGAUAGUAUAAUUCCCUUUAUUGCAUCUUCAAUUUGGUAAUUUCUUAAUUGAAUAUUUAGGUCAUUUUUAUCAAUCAUCAUAACAUUAAGAAGUAUUGAAGAGUCUAAUCAAUUAUUUAAAUCUUUAGUAUUAAUAUAAAAGUAUGGAAAAAUACUAUUUAAGUUAAAUUAAGGUAUACAUAAUUAAUUAUUAUAAGGAUAUGAAAGUUUUUUUAUUAAAAUGUUGUUAAAUUAUUUGUGGAUUUUCUCUGCUAUCUUUACUUUUAAUAUAUAGUUUUCUUUUUCAUUUACUUUUAUUGAUUCAGCUAGUAAUACUUCCUAGUCAAUGACGAAUAAUUUAGAUUGUUAUUUAUCAGAAAGUUAAUCAAUAAACUUGAUCUAUACUAAAAUAAUUACUAUGCUAUCCCUAAUGUCUACUUAAUUUAUCCUUGUUACUAUGGGAUUUCUCAUUUACUUUAAGUAUAAAAAAUUAAAUUUAUCCUUUUUUUAUUUUGAUACUAUAUCUAAUAGUUUGCUUUAUUUAUAUGUAUCAAAUUAUGGUGGAUUAAUUAAAAUGUAUUUAAUUUUUUAAGAAUAUUAGGUACUUUUCUAUUCUUUCAAGAAGGGAAAUAUCAAAUCAAAGCUAUAUUUAAGGUGAUGUUUCAUUACUUUUUGGAACAAGAGAACAUCAAAUUUGGAUGUUUUUCUUCGUUAUACCAGGAAUAGCAUUUUUUUGCUUGAUCAUUCCUCUUUCACUUUAUAUUUUAAUGUAUGUUAAGAGAAAUGAUCUUGAAACUAUUAAAAUUAGAAAAAAUUUUUGUUAUCUUAUUAAUGAAUAUGAAAAUAAAACUUAUUUUUGGGAAAUAAUAAAAUUAAUUAAAAAGACUAUUAUGAUCCUAAUAUUAACAUAUUUUGAAACUCAUAUUCUACUAAAAGCUUCGUUAUUGGGGUUAUGUCUACUAUUUUACUAAUUAAUAGCGGUGAAAAAUAAGCCAUUCAACCUAUAGAAUUUAAAUAAUUUGGAUUUAUUUUCAGGUUAGAUUUGUUCCAUUGCAAUAUUCCUAGCUGCUGCUAAAUAUGUAUCAGAAUAAGAAAAUAAUUAAUUUUCUUCAUAAUCACUUCAGACAUUUAUAGUCCUUCUUUGUAUUAGACUUUGCUAUCCAUUCAUUUCAAAUAUAUCUGAUGUUUACUUUAAAAAUUAUUAUUUUCUUAUUAUCAAUAAAUCAUAUUAAAUUAUGUAAAAGAUAUCAAAGAAAUCCAGAAUAACAACAAAAUUAUCAAUUAGUUUAUAGAUUCAUAGUUCUAAAAAGAAGAGAUAAAAAGAAUUAAUCAAAAAAUUAAGAUAAUACCUUAUGAGAGUUUCAAAAUCCCAACUUUAAAAUAAUAAGUAUUAUCUUUUAUAAUAUAGAAUAAUGUUAUCUACAAUAAGGUUCAAUCCAGAUGAUGAUACUUUAAACUCAUUGUCAAAAUAAAAAUACAAGAAUGAAAUAAAAAUUGUUGAUUCGAACCAAAUAUAAUUUUGGAAACUUGAUUCUGAAUGA